GGCCCGGCUUGGGGUAGGGCCACCCAAGCGCCUGAAGUCCCACCGGAUCCGGGAUCAGAGACCGGCGCCCGGAGCCCCACGUCCCGCACCGCCAUGGGGGCUUGUCUGGGGGCCUGCUCCCUGCUCAGCUGCGCAUCCUGCCUCUGCGGCUCUGCGCCCUGCAUCCUAUGCGGCUGUUGCCCCUCCACCCGCAACUCCACCGUGAGCCGCCUCCUCUUCACCAGCUUUCUCUUCUUGGGCGUACUGGUGUCCAUCAUCAUGCUGAGCCCAGGAGUGGAGAGUCAGCUUUACAAGCUGCCCUGGGUGUGUGAGGACAGGACCCAGCAGCCCGUGGUCCUACAAGGCCCCCUGGACUGCGGCUCCCUGCUGGGUUUCCGGGCUGUCUACCGCAUGUGCUUUGCCACGGCAGCCUUUUUCUUCUUCUUCAUGCUGUUGAUGGUCUGUGUCCGCAGUAGCCGGGACCCGCGAGCAGCCAUCCAGAACGGGUUUUGGUUUUUUAAAUUCCUGAUCCUUGUGGGCAUCACCGUGGGCGCCUUCUACAUUCCCGAUGGCUCCUUUCCAAAGAUCUGGUUCUACUUCGGCGUCGUGGGCUCCUUCCUCUUCAUCCUCAUCCAGCUGAUCCUGUUCAUUGACUUUGCCCACUCCUGGAACCAGCGGUGGCUGUGCAAGGCGGAGGAGCGUGACUCCCCAGCCUGGUACGCAGGCCUUUUCUUCUUCACCUUCCUGUUCUACCUGGUGUCCAUCGCUGCGGUGGCGCUGAUGUUCGUCUACUACACGGAGUCCGGCGCCUGCCACGAGGGCAAGGUCUUUAUCAGCCUCAACCUCACCUUCUGCGUCUGUGUCUCCAUCAUCGCCGUCCUGCCCAAGGUCCAGGAUGCCCAGCCCAACUCAGGUCUGCUGCAGGCCUCCGUCAUCACAUUGUAUACCAUGUUUGUCACCUGGUCUGCCCUAUCCAACGUCCCUGACCAAAAAUGCAACCCUCAUCUGCCCACUAAAAAUGGAACAAGCCAGGUGGUCCUGGAGGACUACAGCACCGUGUGGUGGGAUGCCCCAAGCAUUGUGGGUCUUGUCAUCUUCAUCCUGUGCACCUUCUUCAUUAGCCUGCGCUCCUCUGACCACCGGCAGGUGAACAGCCUGAUGCAGACAGAGGAGUGUCCAGUAGAGACUGUGCAGCAGCAGCAGCAGGUGGCUGUCAGCGAGGGCCGGGCUUAUGACAACGAGCAGGAUGGUGUCACCUAUAGCUACUCUUUCUUCCACUUCUGCCUGGUGCUGGCUUCCCUGCACGUCAUGAUGACGCUUACCAACUGGUACAGCCCUGGUGAGACCCAGAAGAUGAUCAGCACGUGGACCUCCGUUUGGGUGAAGAUCUGUGCCAGCUGGGCGGGGCUGUUCCUCUACCUGUGGACCCUGGUGGCCCCCCUGAUCCUGCCCAACAGAGACUUCAGCUGAGAAUGCCGUGCAGCCUGCCCACCU